AUGUCGAGGAGUGAGGAGGCGCCGAAUUGUGUACAAGCUCAAAGCCAGACUGCUCGUGUUUGGGAUCACGGUGACGUCGCUCUCUUAGAGCUGGAAACGGAUAUUGACACCAGUGAUGAUCUUGGAAAGCGAGUAUGCCUCGAAGCCAGGGGCUUGACACUGAAAGAGCCGCUGCUCGCUUUUGGAAUGGGAGAUGGGAGAUUCCGGUGGCCCGCUUGUAGCAAAAUUCGGUCAGCUUUGGUACCAAGUGGGAAUCAUGAGCGACUCGUCCAGCCUUGGAUACACGAGGGCGACUCCGAUCACCUCGAAACUUUGCGAGUGGCUCAA